AUGAGUUCAGCGUCAGCCGUGGUGUGCCGUGAGAUAUUUGACGAAAACAGUCAGCCAUCCGCUGAAGAAAUCUCCGAAUAUGCACAACAACUGGGCAUUGAUCCUGAAAGCGAAAGUCAUCUGCUCCCACUGGCCCGAGAUGGUCUCAUGCAGGCACUGCCUUCACCAUGGAAAGCUUAUUAUGAUGAAAAACUCCAAACACACUACUAUUACAAUCAUGAGACCAAGAACACCCAGUGGGAGCAUCCUCUGGACAAUGUUUACAGGGAGCUGGUGAAGAGGUCGCGUGAUGUGUCUAUGCAUGAUGACACCUGUGCUUCUGUACAGGAUCUUCCCACCUCAGAGGAGAUUACAAAAAAUCUUGAACGUGUGGAGACCAAAGUGGAAAGCGAAGAUGAUGAUUUAUCAACUGAUAGUGAUAAUCAUACAGAUAUCAAGGAUAACGCAUCUACAACUUUAGUGCCUGGCAUUAAGCGUCUAACUCCUUUGGGACGGCCGCCUCUAGCGCCACUAGGAAGACUGGAUAAAAAAUUAAGUGAUUUACGUAUCUCGCCUUUAAGACGAAGUGCUGAAAGCACGCUUUCGAAUAAGCCAAAGUUAAUGAGGAAUACAUCUGAUAGAGAUAUUUUAAGUCGACCAACUUUGGAGAGGCCAAAAAUGUUGUUCAAACAGCAUUCAGAGAUUAUAGAUCUUAAGAUGCAUGUGCUGACUAGUCCGGAAGAUGAAAACUUUAGUCCUCUGCUUGCUGCUGCUAAGGUAGACAAGGGAUUACCAUUAUCAGGAAAAGGCAGCAUGUUCCUCAGGAUGAAUAAAUCAGAUUUACCCAGUCCUGAUACAGAUAAAUCUUUACCAUUGGAAUCAAUGACCAAGAGUGAUCCUCCUAGAGGUAUACUAAGAGAGAAAAUGUCAGAUGUACCAUAUAGGAAAGUGGAAACUGUCGCAGGCAGGCAACGCCAAGUAUCAAGCUUUGAUGAAGACAAAAAGAGCGUAAGAUUCAAGCUUGAAAAUCCACCGGAACAAACUGUUAGUCCUGGUUCAAACAGUUCCUCGGAGCAGAAUGAUGGACAAAGUUCCAUUAUCAGCGCUGCUCCACCGCCUUUACCAUCGCCACUUAUACCUUCAUCACCGACUGUACCAACACCAAUCAUCACAUCAUCAUCCACAACUAACCCUGCGAUUUUACUGUCGCCAUUAGUUUCCAGACCGCCGCUACCUCCUCGACCACUAUCAGAGAGUCCAAGAGAAGUUAAAAGUAUAUCUGGUUCAGAAAAAGAAUCUGGGGAAAGCGAUUCUCGCGAAAGUAAAAGUACAUCCCCUCGACGUCGCUUGUUACGUCCACCCGCAGCGGAUUACAUAAAACCAGACCUGUUCCAGAAGAACUUUCAAAAGAUAUCAGAUCUUGUACGACCUGGCGACAUAGAAACUACAUCGAUGUAUUUAGAAGAACCGACAAUUGACAAAGAGGCUAGACCAAGAUCUCCAAUGAUCCCACAAAAAAAUAAAAUAUCAAUAAAUCUCAUGGAGAGCAUAGAGUCUGAGACAUCAAUAGAUUCCCCGGAUAAGGAAUUCGCGAAUUUGGACUUAAACGAUCUUGACGACUCAAAUGAAGAUCACAGACAUGAACAGGCAAAUAUUUCCGAAACAAAAGACCAGGAAAAAGAUAGUGGAAAAGUUAAAGACAUUGAAAAUACAGAUAGAUCUGAUAAAACAGAACAAUCCGAUUCUAAUUCUAAAGCAUCUGUAACUAGUCAAAAGAAACAGUGUGUAGAAAACGUUAUACCUCGUAUUAAAGUUCCUAAUUUAGAUCUUUCUGAACAGUCAAAACACCAGAACUCUGAUUUAGACAACUCAAAAAAUGUUCCAAAAGAUGAUUCAAAAUCUACACCAGUUAGUGUAGAAUUACCGAGGACUCCACAGUUGAGAGUGUCUCCUACACCUAGUUAUGUAUCAGAUUUACGAUCACCUAGAGAGUUUAGUAAUCUUUGGAGCCCUCUAUCAACAUUUAAACCCUUAAACAAAGCUGUCAUCUCUCCACAAAUGAAAUCUUCUGAAUCAGCUUCAUGUUUAGGUAAAAAUUUAACCAGCCCCAGACUGGAUGGUGUUAUAAUAUCUCAAGGAAAAUCGAAUUCUGAUAAUGUGGUUGUUGUAUAUCAAUUUGAGACUCAAGAAAACGAUUUUCCAAAACCUAUAAAAUCUCCAUUGAUACCUGACAUGGGUACUAGAGAAAUGAUAGAGAGGAAUAAAGCUGAUGAAAGAAGAAGACUAGAAUUAUUUUUGCAGAAAGAGUUAGAGAGUAUUAGGAUGGAAUGGGCAAGUAAGGAGAGGAGAAUGAAAACUGAGUUACAAGAAUCCUUAAAAGAGGCAGAGGAGAAGUUUUUGUUACAGAAGAGAGUGAGGCUAGAAGAACAGACAGAGAGACAUCGUAGGGAAAUGGAAGAGGCACUAUCAACAGGGGAGCGAAAUCAUCACCAAAAAUUACAAGAACUCACCAAAGAUCUGGAGGAACGCUACUGUCGCGAAAGCGAAGCAGCUGAAAAACAGCAUUCGGAAAAUAUGGACCGGCAAAGAGAUAAUUAUCGUGUCAGACUAUCUGAGCAACGGGUAUUCUUGGAAAUAGAGAAUGAGCGAGCACUAUCAGAUCUUCGAGAACAACUUCAAGCUAGCUUCAACAGAGAGAGAACACGUAUUAUUGACGAGAACAGAGCUACCAUAGAGUCCCUGCGGGAGGAACAGACGUCUAAAGUCACUGAAUUGCGACAUGAUUAUAGAGCUGAGGUGGAGCGGCUGCGCGGGCAGCACGCGUGCCACCUGGAGGAGGUGCGGGCGCGCGCGCGGCGGCCGGCCGCCGACCUCGCCGACAAGUACCGCUGCCUCAAGCACAAGUACGCGCGCCUCAAGCACGACGUCAAGAUGUCAAUAGAACGUCGCAAUAAGCGCCGCGAGAUGAGCAUGACCACUGGAUCUGAAACAGAAAAAUCCAAUUCGCACAAAGCUAAUCAAUCGCUCGAAAGAUGUAAAGAAGUAAACGAGACAUCAGUAAGUGCGGUAAUAGAACCCGAACCCUCCCGACACAGAGUAAAUAACAACCCGACAAUCAAGUACAAUGAUAAUGAAACCUCGCAUUCUGACAGCAACGCGCACAAAUCUUACAACGUAGAUAAUAACAACGAAGACUGGAAACAUAAGCGGGAAAGCAUAGCACCGUCAGACGACACAUCACACACGUCGGCAGUGAAGCAACGACCUCCACGUCGUGCUGCCGUAGCCUUCAAAGAGCCACCCAGACCGCGAAGAGAGAAGCAGAAAGAUGCAGGUGCUACUACAGACUGCCAAGAUUCUUCAGAUGCAACGACAGCUGACGACAAAUCAAAAGAUAAUGUCAAUGGUCACGGACGUCGAAGGUGUUUCACGAGGUUAAAAUCAGCGUCUACGUCUCGUCUGAAUUACUCACCAAAGCGCGGUGAAGGGUGGUCAAGUCCCUUAGAAUCACUGCGGCAACAGUUGCGAAAAUUAGAUGAUAUUGAAGAUCAGUUUCCUGAUUUUGCGUGCCAAUCGGCGUAUAGUCUGAGAUAUCCUUUCGCCGAAAUAGCUUGUGCCGGCUCGGUGAGUCGGGCGGAGCGCGCCGAGCUCGAGUUCGUGAGGCACCGCGCCCUCGUCGAACGAGAGGGCAUGCGCCGAGCACGUGCCGCACUUCGUCGUCGUCGCGCCGCACUGCACGAACCGGAGACGCAGGAAGGGACGACUAGCGACGCGUCGUCGGAGAGCGAACCGGGAGACGAUGACACCGGCGGGGGGGCGGGGGGGCGGGGGGGCGGCGUGCUGCGCUCACUGCGGGCCCUGCACCACGACGUGCGCGACAUAUGGCGCGCGCUGGACCACACGGCCUCACCUGAGUCAAGUUCGUGCCAGGUUCCUACUACGUCGCAGGCACGAGUAGCUUUAUCUGCUCCAGAGGCUGUCCCUGAUGACCACUCUGACGGUGGAGUCGCUGAGAGAGCUAGAGGACUACGCGCUUGGUUGCAAACUGCCCCUUAA